AUGGCUUCAACCUCACCGACUGGCCAGCAUGAGCCCGUGGCCAUUGUGGGCAUGGCUUGCCGUUGGCCCGGUGGUUCUCACGAUGCUACAACAUUCUGGGAGUUUCUUCGUAAUAAGGUAGACGGCUGGAAGGAGUUUGAUGAGCCUCGCUUCUCCUCCCAAGGCUUUCAUCAUGCCAAUCCCGAUCGCCCAGGAGGCUUCGCAAUGAAGGGUGCAUUCCUUGCUGAGCAGGACGCCCGCCUGUUUGACCAUGCCUUUUUUGGUAUGACGCAGCUUGAGGUGGAAACGAUGGAUCCCUCGCAGCGGAAGUUGCUCGAGGUGGCAUACGAGGCGAUAGAAAAUGCUGGGGAGACAUGGGAGAGUGUCUCGGGGUCUCGGACCGGCGUCUUCGUCGGCAACUUCUGCCUGGAUCACUGGAUGAUACAGUCCCGCGACUGGGACAACCCGAGACCCUAUGCCUUUGUGGGCGCCGGUACCAGCAUUCUGGCAAAUCGUAUCAGCUACAUAUUCAAUCUUCAAGGGCCAAGCCUGACGGUUGACACGGCCUGCUCAUCUUCCAUGUACGCCCUGCAUCUGGCAGUCAACGCAAUCCGCGCCGGUGACUGUGACUCCGCCAUUGUUGCAUCAGCAAACUGGGUCGCGGACCCCGGCGUCCAGAUUGCGCUCGACAAGCUCGGCGCGCUGUCUGCUUCGUCCAGAUGUCACACCUUCGAUGCCAGAGCCGAAGGUUAUGCGCGAGGAGAGGGAUACGGUGCCAUUUACUUAAAGCGGCCAUCACUGGCCAUCGACGACCAGUCACCGAUCCGGGCGAUGAUAAGGGGUACUGCCAUCAACUCCAAUGGCCGGACCGGUGGAAUAACACGCCCGAGUGCCAGCGGCCAAGAAGCCGUCAUCCGCGAAGCGUAUCGGCAUGCUGGCAAUCUCCCUUUCAACGACACGAGCUACUUUGAGUGCCACGGUACCGGCACGUAUGUUGGAGAUCCAAUCGAGGUGGCCGCUGUGGGUAGAGUAUUCGGCUCAGUCAGAGCUGCCGAUGACCCGUUGCUUGUCGGCUCCGUCAAGAGUAAUGUCGGCCAUGGAGAAGGUGCCAGCGCCCUGGCAUCCAUAAUGAAGGUGGUCCUCGCCCUUGAGAAAGGCGCAAUUCCCCCCAUCUUCGAUCUCAGGACAAAAAACCCAAACAUCGACUUCGACGCCGCCAAGGUCCAACCGGUGACAGAGCUCACCCCUUGGCCAGAGAACCGAUUACAACGAGCCAGCAUAAAUUCUUUCGGCUACGGCGGAGCCAAUGCCCACUGUAUCAUCGACCAUGUCAACAACGUUCUACCGGACUACGUAGCCCCCGGGGUCUUCAAGAGCACGGCCAAGGGUGCAACCAACAGCACGAGCAACGGUGCCACUAACGGCAACGGACAGCCGUCAGGUCAGCACCACCCAAUCGUCAAGAGCCCCCGCUUGAAUGCCACCCCCGGCGCAGCGACCCGUCAACUAGUCCUUCUGCCCCUGUCAGCCCACAAUAAACAGUCCCUCAAACUCAACGUCGAGGCACUGUCCACGGUGCUCCCCAAGGCGUCUCUGGCAGACAUCGCGUACACGCUCGGGGCCAGGCGCUCGAGACUUGCCCAGCGAGCUUUCUGCAUUGUCGACAAGGAUGACGUCGUCUCGAGUCUUCUAGCUGUCGCCGAGAGCCAACCUGUACGAGCACCCCUGAAUACUUCCAACCUCGGAUUCAUCUUCACCGGCCAGGGAGCGCAGUGGCACGGUAUGGGGGCCGAGCUGUUCGAGUACCGUGUAUUCCGCACCACAAUCGACUUCCUAGACUUCGUGCUCGGCACACUCCCGAAUGCCCCUUCUUGGUCUCUGCGCAGCAUUCUCUCCGGCAGCGGCGAUCCGGCGUUGACGCAGACGGCUGAAGUCUCCCAAGCUGCGUGCACGGCCGUGCAGAUCGGUCUUGUUGAUCUCCUGGCUUCAUGGUCCGUCCGCCCCUCGGGCGUUGCUGGGCAUUCGUCAGGUGAAAUGGCAGCGGCAUACGCGGCUGGCCGCAUCACAGCUGCAGAAGCUAUCACAGCCGCUUACCUGCGUGGCCAAGCGGUGUCCAAGAACGAGAAAACCGGCGCCAUGUUGGCCGUCGGCUUAGGAUACCAAGAGGCAUCCAAGUACCUGGACGGCCGAGAGGAAGAAGUAAAGGUGGCCGCUAUCAACUCUCCCGGAAGCGUCACCCUGUCGGGAGAGGAGAGCGCCAUCGACGAGAUCUCAGCGCUCAUGACAACGGACAGCAUCUUCAACAGGAAGCUGAAAACCGGGGGUAAUGCGUACCAUUCCCAUCACAUGAGACCCAUUGGACGCCAAUACGUCGACAUGCUCAACCAGGGAAUCGAUCACAUCCGAGAGCUCGGGCUCGCAUCUGCCGAUCAGCGGUACCCGGAGACUUUGUGGGUUUCGUCAGUCACACCCAUCAAGAACACCGCCAAUAUCAACGACAUGGCGGCAUACUGGAGAGCCAACCUCGAGUCUCCAGUGCGCUUUUCCCAAGCCGUCGAAGGCCUCGUAGCCACCGCAGAUGUGCCGAUUCACGCCCUCGUGGAGAUCGGGCCUCACCCGGCACUCAAGAGCGUUCUUGACCAGAUCUUGAAGGCGAGCGGCGUGACCGUGGGGUAUGCUUCGACACUGAAGCGGCAGGAAGAUGCCCGGGUGUCUGUGUUGCAACUUGCCGGGACCUUGUUUACGCUGAACGCCCCCAUUGACCUCGCCGCUGUGAAUGCAGUUGACGACGCGAACGGGACUGGUCUGCAGCAUGGCAGCACUUGCCCCGAACUGCCACCCUACCAGUACACAUAUGGGGGUCUAAACUAUCACGAGAGCCGGGCCAGUAAGGAGUAUCGAUACCGGUCGGUCCUCCGACACGAUCUCCUGGGCUCCAAGGUGGUGGGCACCGCAAAGCUACGACCUCAGUGGCGCAACAUCCUCCGCAUGAAGGACGUCCCGUGGUUGGCCGACCAUCGUCUCGUGCCCGAUGCAGUCCUUCCCGGUGCGGCAUACAUAACGAUGGCGGUGGAGGCCGCAUCGCGGAUCUACAACGAGUUCCCCGAGCCGCUGAACAUCGAAGGCUUCUCCCUCCGCGAUGUGGCAAUUAACAGGAGCUUGACAAUCCCGGAGGACGAUUACGGUGUUGAGGUUUUGACGAGCGUGGAACUCGUUGAGGCCACGGCCCAGUCACCGGCAUGGGCGACAUUCUCCAUCAGCUCGGUACGGCACAACAACGACGAAUGGACCGAGCAUUGCACCGGCCGCGUCAAGGUCGAGAUUAGCCAUACCGACGGUGAGCGUGGAGAACAACAGAAGCAGGCCGUCCUCCCCGCUGCCUCACGCGCUGUCGAUGCCCGUGCCUGGUGCAAGAAGUUCUUGGAGGUUGGAUUGGGCUACGGCCCGGCCUUCCAACCCUUGUCCGACAUCCGUGCCGAUGCAGCGUCAAACCUGGCCGUAGCAACAGUCAACCUGCACACGACAUCACUCAAAGAGGGCGAGUCGCACUACCCUUUGCAUCCGGCCUCGCUGGACGGCAUGAUUCAACUGGGGUUGGUUGCGUGCCACGGAGGCCGUCCCAGCGAGGCCACCACGGCCUUUGUGCCUGUCCAGCUUUCUCGCCUGUACCUCGCCAAUAACAUCGACGAUGUGGCUGCAGAUGCAUGCACUGGCGUUGCCCGCGGAGAAAGACGUGGUGUCCGUGGCGCUAGGCUCGACUUUCAGUUACUCGGACCCGCCGGGGAGGUCCUGCUCCAAGCCGACUCCCUCCGCUGCAUCAGCUACUCGAGUGCAGCCAAGUCCAUCGACAGGACUUUCAGCAGCCCAUUCACACGUCUUGUUUGGAAGCCGGAUAUCCGCUCGUUAAGCAACCACCAGGCUCGCCAGAUGUAUCCGCCUCCCAAGGCAAACGUGGACAAGUCUCCGUCCUGGGGAGUCACGAAUAAGCUGGCACACUUCGUGGUUCUCAGCGUGUACGAGCGUUUCGGGAAGCUGGAAGACCAACCCAAACCUUCGGGCGAUGUCGGCCACUUCUUCGACUGGAUCAAGAGGAAGGGCCAAAACGAUCAUUCCGAGCUGAUGAAGGAGGCGAGAGAGCUGGCUGCCAAGGGCCUCCUUCUCCAAAAGAUUGACGAGUUGGCCCGCCAGGCCCCUGACGUGGAGGAGGUUAAGAUUUCGAAGCUGCUCCACGACAACAUGGACGACAUUCUGUACGAGCGCAGAACUGGGAUGGACGUCAUCAUCGGCGAGGGCCUGCUCACGCCUUUGUACCAAUCCGGUCUGUUAAUGACGGGCAUCUACCCGCAGCUGCACCAUGUGCUGUCUGGCCUUUCCCACGCAAACCCCAACCUCCGCGUUCUCGAAAUCGGAGGCGGCACCGGCGGCGCUACCCGCAUUGCGAUGAAGGCCUUCAACGGCCCUAAUGGCAUCAAGGCCUACCGGGACUACACCUUUACCGAUAUCUCGGCCGGGUUCCUGUCUGGAGCCCGUGAAUCCAUGGCUGGCUUCCGCGAUAUGAACUUUUCCGUUUUCGACAUCGAGGGGGAUCCUGUUGACCAGGGGUACGUCGAGGAGACCUACGAUCUCAUCAUCGCAUGCCAGGUCCUCCAUGCCACAUCGAACAUGCAUAGAACGCUCAGAAACUGUCGACGACUUCUCAAACCUGGAGGCAAUAUCGUCUUGGUGGAGACCAACCAGAACUUCAUCGUACCUGGUGUCGUGGUGGGCACGUUCACCGGGUACUGGGCCGGCAUCCCGGAUGGUCGUGUUGAUGCCCCUUUCCAAAGCUUGCCCGCCUGGGAUCGCUCACUCCGGGAUGUCGGCUUCUCGGGCCUGGACGUGGUGCUGGAUGACUUUCCGGAGCCGCAUAAUACGACCUCGGUGAUCAUCUCCACGGCUACGCGACCCGAGGUGACAGGCUCAACCGCAUCAUCAGCCGCCGUCCAUGUGCUCUACAGCGGCAGAACGGCUCCGGCCUUGGUCAACCACAUCUCCAACGAGCUGGGUCGGCGAGGGGUGGCUGCCAAAGCAAACCCAUUGAGCAACGCCUCAGAGGAAGUUGCUCCGGGAGCGCGCGUGGUUGCGUUGUUUGAUGACAAUCAUCUUUUGACCAACGGUAACGAGGACGAGUUGAAGACCUUCCAACACCUAGCACGGAAUGCCGCUACUUUCGUUGCUCUUACCAGCUGCGGUUCGGUCAAAGGCGGCAACCCAGACGGCGCCCUAAUCCCUGGCCUUCUACGUGUCAUCCAGAACGAGAACCCUGCUACGCAAUACUUGUCGAUCGACAUCGACGCCGAUAGCUUUGCUGUACCGGAGAAUGAAGGCAAAGAUUUCGCUCGCUGCGUCGUCGACCAGGAGACCGAGCUGAACCGGGCCAACCCAGGGGGCUACCACGACCCCGAGGGGAACCCGGCCGAUCGCGAGUUCAGCUGGCACGGUGGUUGCCUGCAGGUCAGUCGUCAUGUACCCGAUGCAGGCUUCCACUCGCAGCGCGGGGUGGAUAGCCGAAACAGAAAACCGGAGCUGCUACCGCUCGGCAGUCAGGGUGCGGUGCGAGCCACCUUUGAGACACCCGGUGUGGUCAACUCGUUGUGCUUUACGCGCUAUGAGGAGCUCCUACAGCCGCUGCCGGCGAACUUUGUGGACGUUGCCGUUGCGGCCGUUGGCCUAAACGCGCAUGACUUGGACCACUGGGCCGGCCGCGUCGAUGGCGAUAGCCUGUCCUCUGAAUUCUCAGGCGUUGUCUCCGCGGUGGGUGCUACCGUGGACGGCAUCAAGGUCGGCGACCGCGUAUAUGGCCUCGGUAAAGGCUCCUUCAGCAAUUACACACGCGUACCAGCCGCGUUCGUGUGCAAGCUCCAGCCGACUGACGACAUGGUCGAGAUGGCUUCCAUGCCAAUGACAUACGCGACGGCGGUAUAUGUGUUUGAUCACGUUUUACGCCUCAGAAAGGGACAGGCGGUCUUGAUCCAGGCCGGCGCAAAAGAUGUUGGCCUGGCAUCCAUCAAUCUUGCAAAGGCAAAAGGAGCUCAUGUUUUCGCCACGGCCCAAACCGCAGAAGAGGCCAGCUUCCUGAUCGACAAAUUGGCCCUGCCAGCGUCACAUGUCAUCACCGCAGCUAACCUGACGUCCCUUCAACGUGCCGCGCAACUCACAAACAAGGGGACGUUUGAUAUCAUUGUCAACACUGCUCCCGGCGAACUAUCGGACUCCUUCCGGCAACUGUUGGCGCCUCUAGGCCAACUUGUUGACGUUGGCCGGCGCGAUACACAGUCCGCUCCAGCGAUUGGGAGUUUGGAAAGGCUCCCGCACAACGCUUCUUACUCCUCGGUCGAUCCCAUGGUUGUUCUCGACGCUGACCCGACGCUGGGUGCGGAGCUGAUGCAGACCGUCGACAGCUACCGCCGCCAAGGUCUUGUUGGACCGAUCCAGCGAACUACGGCCGUUGAUAUUGCCGAACUAUCGGCUGCGGCGGUUGGCACUCUCUCCGACGUGGCCGGGAAGCUUAUCGUGAGCUUCCAGAACCCCGAGAGCGUCGUCAGGAUGAUUCCAUCGGCACCCGCAGCCCGCUUCGACCCUGGAUCGUGCUACGUCGUCGUCGGAGCCCUGGGUGGCUUGGGGCAGUCCUUAAUGCGAUGGAUGGGUGAUAGGGGUGCGACUAAUAUCGCGCUUCUUUCUCGACGUGAUGUUUCCACCGUUUCUGGCGCCAGCGAGCUGGUUGAAUCUCUAGCCAGGCGCGGUAUCCAGGUCGACUCCUUUGUCUGCGACAUCAGCAAGAAGGACCAAGUCACUCGCGUCAUCCAGGAGGUCUCUUCGACACGUCCCAUCAAAGGCGUUGUGCACGCCGCUGUUUCCUACCUAGACCUGACGUUCGACAAGAUCACCUCAGAGAGGUGGAACGAGGGUCUGUCAGCUAAGGUGGAGGGAACCAAGAAUCUCCACGAGGCGACGCUGUCCAUGCCCCUCGACUUCUUCGUCAUGACCACCUCCACCUUGUCGGUUUAUGCAUUUGCCACACAAGGCGCAUACACAGCGGCCAAUAACUUCCAGGAUGCCUUCGCGCGGUACCGUCGACAGCAGGGCCUGCCGGCAUCGACGGCCUCGUUCAGUUUGAUCCGGGAGGUCACCACAGUCGGCACAAACGACCUCACCGUCGACCUCUUUGAGCGUAACAAGACGGUGACGAUUGGCGAGUCUCAGUUCCUGGCCUUGUUCGAGCCGGCCUUCCUGAACAACAGGACGGUGGAGGAAAAUGCUGAUUCCGAAGCGCAAUGGUCCGGACACCAUGACGACCCGCUGUCCGCCGCAAAUCUCCAUACCUACCUGGACCCCACGGGCAUGAUGGCUAGAAAGCGUGAAGAGCUCGCAAACGACAUGCCCUCGUCGGGCACUGCACCACGCUGGUACAGCGACGCGCGGGUGUCUCUGAUGAUGCGUGCCUUCUUGGACGCGCAACGUCAGUCCGCCGAACUAGAAGGUUCGGCGGCUGAUGAAGGAGGAUUCAAGAACACUGCCGCCUCCCUUCGCAAGGAGUUUGAGGCUGCUGUUCGCGAGGGAGCCGCUGGGCGAGCAUCCACACUCUCAAUCGUGGAGUCGGCCAUCACCAACGCGGUGCCUGAGAUGUUGUUUGUCGAUGUGGAGAGCAUCGACCCGGCGAAGUCCGUGGCGGACCUUGGUGUGGAUAGUCUCAUCGCCGCUGAGCUGCGGAAUUGGUUCCUUCAGGCGCUUGGAACCAACAUCAGCAUGUUGGACCUCCUUGAUCCGAGUGUGAGUAUCAGUACACGGGCUGCCAGUAUCACCGAUGCGGCUCUGGGUGCAGCAGUGUAA